AUGCUCCUUAAGCGACCUCCGACUUUGGAGAGAAGAGGAUGGAGUGACCGGUGCGGCCAGGCCGGGCUCCACACCCAUCGCCCGCGAGCACAGAGGCGCCGACCCGCGUGGCCGCUCUAUCCAGGAAAGCGCGCCAGGCUCGAGAAGCCGCCAGGGACCGUGAAGGCCCCGCAGCAGCCCCCUGAACACCGGGCUCGCACCCGCGCCUGCCGCCCGCAACUCGAGCCCCAGCCGAACCUGACCAUUGGCCGGACGGGACUGGAUACAAUGGUCCCGGGCGGCGGCUCAGGUACCAUGGGCGGGCGACCUGCGGUGGGAGCGCAGCCGCGAGCAGACACUGCGCAGGCCUUCCUGGAGCUGCAGCGAUUGCUGCUGUCGGUGCCUCCUCACCCCGAGCUCUCCGAGCUGGACAUGCUGCUGCCGGCCACCACCUCCAUGGCGACCUCACCUGCAGCCUGCAAGACGACGCCAAGGUGCCCGCAGAGCCUGGGCUGGGUACCCUGCGCUGAGACGGCCACCUGCGCCCAGUCAAGAAAUGGCCCAUGCGAUCAAGAUUAUACAUCGGUGCUACAGGUCAUCACACCCGGGGGCAGCUCCUCUGCCCAGUGCAACCAGCAGUGGUUUCAGUGUUCACCAGGAGCUUGGGGGACAGAAGAAGCCCUGAAGUAGAGAUGUCUGUCAGGGAACACAGUGAACCCCCAAACUACAGGGUAUGUUAGAGAUACCUAAAAAGAUUGAUGCCCCAUUUUAUUUUCUCCUCACCUCAGUUUUCUUCCAGCUGUUGGCAGUGAAAUGAAGUAAAAGACCAUUUGAAGGCAAAAUAUUUAGUUGUUUCAGGGGAAUAUAACCAUAUUUUAAUUUAUAGCUGAGAAUUCUUAAAUUUUAUUUGAAUAUAAAUACGCUCCUCAUAAUGUAGCUAAAGCAUGUCUUUUUAAUAGAAAGACAUAUAAUAGGUUUCCUGUAUGUUAAUGUGUAGUAAAAAGGUUUGGAUAUUUAAUUAUUUGUGAAUUUGUUUACUCCCUUGUAAUAUAUAAC